UCUCUCAUAGAGAGAGAAGAUAAAUUUCUAAGUGGGCAACAUGGGGAAAGAUUUAUCUUCUUCAAUUCUGAUGUAAGAAAAAAAAAACAAAUCAGUUUAAACCCUUUGUUGCCUGAGAUCUUUCAAUCCCCAUUUGAAGAACAAAAGCUAGGGCAUUGUCUUCAUGUGAAAGCAAGUUUGAACAUAGAGAGGUCACAGAAACCAAUGGAGAACAACAGCAACAACACUUUCAGUUCUCCUGCAAAUGUCAGUAACCAAAAUGCCAUUCUCAUGGAUGGAUUCACGUCUCAGAUGAGCUUAAAUCCGCCAUUAAUGGACCAAAACUAUUCGGGUUUUGCCAGAGAUUCGGCUACCUUUUCCACCUUCUUUCCGUGGAGUCCUUUGCAAAUGUGUGGUUCUGAAGUUGUCAAUAGUUUACUCUCCAACGCCUUCUCGGCUUCGCGGGCGUAUGAUCUUCAAGAAAACUGCGAUAACUUGGGAGUUACGGCACCUCAGCUUCACCCUCUUAGACCCUUUGCUUAUGAAGAUUCCUCGAACAACAUGAAUUCUUCGUUGCUUACUCCCGGUGACUGCAGAUACAGAGACGGGUUCAUCGUUAGGGAUAACGAUAAGUGGGGUUUAGAGGCCAAAUCCGGGUUUCAGGCAUAUACUUGUGCGGAUGGGGUCGGUCCAAGUUCACAAAUAUCUCCAGUUGGCGAAAAUCUCGCUGCCCAUUUCCCCUUCCCGGUUUCUGAAACCAGAAACGAGCUCUCGUUGAGCCUUGCAACGUCGAAUCGCAGUAUCAUCGGUGGCACAAAUGUCUCUGAUCAAUCCUCGGAGAUUAGCCUUUGUCCUGCUGCCACUGCUGCUGCUGCUACUGCUAAAAGAUUAUCCUCGGAACAAGCUUCUUGCAGCAGCAGCAGCAAGGAUCUUUCUUUGAGUUUCCCGUCCAACGUAACGACGGGUUUAAUAGUCGGGUCUAGGUAUCUUCAAGCUGUUCAGGAGAUACUCGCUCAGUUUGCGAGCUUCUCGUUGGAAAGCUCGGAAACCUCGUCGGGUUAUUCGGUCAGGGGAACCGAGUCCGGGCCAAAUCCGACAUUUCUUUCGGGCCUCUGGAAUCUCACGGCCGAGUUUCUUGACGGCGAUUACAAUAACUCGGAGUCAGUUUCUUCACCUGCGUUGCAACGACGAGCCUUAGAAGCCAAGAAAGCUCAGCUCUUGAAUCUUCUUCAAGUGGUAGAUGAUCGAUACAGUCACUGCAUGGAUGAGUUUCACACGGUUGUAUCAGCGUUCUACGCUGCAACUGAGUUAGACCCGCAGUUACACACGAGGUUCGCCCUCCAGACCGUAUCUUUUUUGUACAAGAACCUCCGGGAAAGAAUCAGCAAUCAGAUUCUGGCGAUGGGAUCGGUUCUGGAAAACUCGGGUUCGAGAGGGAAGGAGAAGGCUCGAGAGGAUGCGUUUCGAGAACCGGAUUCCGCUGCCGCCCUUCUGAGGUUCGACCGGAAGAAUCACCAGCUUUGGAGACCGCAGAGAGGUUUGCCGGAGAAAUCUGUAUCGGUUCUUCGAGCUUGGAUGUUCCAGAACUUUCUUCACCCUUACCCUAAAGAUUCGGAGAAGUACCUUCUUGCAAUAAAGAGCGGAUUGACAAGAAGUCAGGUAUCGAACUGGUUUAUAAAUGCACGGGUUAGGCUGUGGAAACCGAUGAUAGAGGAGAUGUAUGCAGAGAUGAACCGUAGGAAUGGUAACUGUGACGACGACGGAAGCCGCCGGAGACAACCGGCCGGCGACACCCUCCACCGGAGAUUCUCUUAGAUGCUAGCAAGAGGGCCAAAACUAUGGGGCGAAAAAAACACACGCGAGGGAAUUAGUUGAUGUUAUUAUGUGUAAUAUUAAUUAGAACAAGCAAUCAUAAUUAUCAUCAUCAUUAUUAUUAUUAUUAUUAUUUAUGCAUCUUAAGUGUAUAUAAAUCUUAUUAAAAAUCUUUUUUUGCUGUUAUCGUUGUUGUACCUGCUCAUCGUCCGCCAUGCUCGGUUAUUUUAUUGUUACUCGUGUUGUUAUAACAUUAAUA